AUGUGUGCGAAGCAGUAUUUCAACCCAGGGGGCCAGAAACGGAUGGCCUUCCACGGCCUAAGGUCGGAAACGUGCCGGAAAACGAUCGAAUCGUGCGACAAGCCUGGGACCGUGGCCCUCACCUUCGACGAUGGGCCAUCUAUAUACACACACAAGAUUCUGGACAUCCUCGAGGCAUACAACGUAAAGGCCACGUUCUUCAUCACUGGGAAACAGAUGGGCCGCUCCAUCGAAGACGCCAAGUGGCGAAAUCUUCUCAUGCGCAUGCACAAGGCUGGGCACCAGCUCGCCAGUCACACGUGGUCCCAUCGCAACCUCAACAACAACAACAAUAACCAUCAAGACCACACCGGUGGUGGUGGCGGCGGCGGCGGUGAUGCAAAAGAAAAGAGCGGCCAAGAAGAAGAGAAGAAAAACAAGGAGAAGAAUAACAACAAGGAACAGAAUAAGAGCAGCAUGCUGAAGCCCCAGCGAGACACGGAAAUCAUGUACAACGAGAUGGCGUUCCGCAACAUCUUCGAGUGGUUCCCGGCAUACAUGCGCCCCCCUUACCUCGACUGCGACCCCAACUGCCAGUCGUGGCUCGGCGAGCGCGGCUACCACAUCAUCUCCGCCAACCUCGACACCAAGGACUACCUCUACGACGACCCCAACCUCAUCGAAAAGUCGAGGAAGCUCUUCAGCGACGGUCUGCCUCCGGCGGCCGGCCCCCACCACAAAAACAAAAACAACAAUAACAAGGGCUUCAUCGUGCUGGCGCACGACGUGCAUCGCCAGACCGUCGGACUCGCUUCCUACAUGAUCGAGACGGCGAAGGCGCGCGGCUACAAGCUCGUGACGGUGGGCGAGUGCCUCGGGGAUCCCAAGGAGAACUGGUAUCGCAAGGCGUCCCUGGCGCAGGACCAGAGCCAAAACGACAGCGUCCUCGUGUCGGGGAGGAUCCGCGCACUGUGGGAGAGGAGGAAAUGGAAUCGAGGACCCUGA